UAAACCGACCCUACUCAAAAAACCAAAAGCGGUCUUCGCUUUCUCGUCCUCAAAACACAGAGAGAGAGAGAGAGACAGAGAUAGAGAGACGGUAUCGGAUUACAAUCCCUAAUUAGUUUCCCAAUAUCUCCAAUCCACCAACAUCAAUAAUUUUACUUCUGUGGAUUCCUGUAAACAGCUUAAGCAAACUUGACACUUUGCAAAUGGACAAAGGAGUGACUCCUAGCCUCUUUGUUAAUGAUGGUUCAUUCCUGGAAAGGUUCAAACAACUUCAACAAGAGAAGGAAAAUGAGAGGGGCGCUGCAGUAGAGGAUUCUAAGCUAGGUAAAGCUGUUUCAGGGAACCUUACCAUUGGUAAAACCAGUACUGAAUCGAAGGCUAAUGAUACACGCAAGACCACGCAUGCUGCUUCGGGUGGUAAACUUGCUUUCAGCUUGAAACAGAAGUCAAAGAUUGUGGCCCCUCCUGUUAAGUUAGGAGCAGAUGAGGAUGAAGAUGGAGCAGAUAUUGUAAAUGUUUCUGGUGAUGCAACAACUAAACGACAAAAGUUGGGUCAGCCAGAUGCGGCAGAGGAAUCUUCUGGACAAGUGGAUGUUGCACCACCUUCCCCAAGUGAUUCUACAGUGAAGAUAGUUGCUGACAAACUAGCAAGUUUUGUGGCUAAACAUGGAAGGCAAUUUGAGCAUAUUACACGACAAAAAAAUCCAGGAGAUAACCCCUUCAAAUUUUUAUUUGAUGAGAGCUGUGCUGAUUACAAGUAUUAUGAAUAUCGGCUUGCUGAUGAGGAGAAAGCCCUCAGACAGACCAGGGAGUUUGAAUCAUCACGUAAUGGAGGUUCAAGCAUGUCAACUUCUAAAUCCACAAGUGGUUCCCAAAGGUCUACUUUGAAGCAUCCAAGUUAUCAAACUCCUGCCUCUGCAUUGUAUGAAGCCACCGAGGAUCCAACAUAUGGGACUUCAUUGGGAAGGACAGGUGAGUCUAGUGGGCCAACAGGUGCAGAUCCUAUUGCCAUGAUGGAAUUCUAUGUGAAAAAGGCAGCACAAGAAGAGAGGAAGAGACAACCUAAACAGUCAAAAGAUGAAAUGCCCCCACCUGCAUCUCUUCAAGCGCCUUCGCUUAAAAAAGGUCACCACAUGGGCGAUUACAUCCCACAAGAAGAGCUGGAGAAGUUCAUGGCUGCUUGUAAUGAUGCAGCUGCGCAGAAAGCUGCCAAAGAAGCUGCAGAUAGGGCCAAAAUACAGGCUGAUAAUGUGGGUCAUAAACUCUUGUCUAAAAUGGGUUGGAAAGAAGGUGAGGGUCUGGGAAGCUCCAGAAGAGGAAUUUCAGAUCCCAUUAUGGCAGGUAAUGUCAAGAAGGACAAUUUGGGGGUUGGUGCUCAACAACCUGGAGAGGUGACUCCUGAAGAUGAUAUAUACGAGCAGUACAAGAAGCGGAUGAUGCUUGGUUACCGUCACAGACCUAAUCCUCUGAACAAUCCGCGUAAAGCAUACUAUUGAAUGCUGAUUACACUGUUCAAGCCAUAUAUUUCUGAUGGGUUUAGAAGUUCAUUGGGAGUUGAACCUAUGGAGUAAAAGGAAAUUGGAUUGGUAAAUUAGUGACGGAACAAAUUUGUAUUUGAAGUCAAACGUUUUGUGAAGUUGAGUGUUAAUCAAAAGAAAGUCUGAUUAUUUUUCUUU